GGGGAGGGAGUCGGGAUCACCUACGGUAUUUCAGCCCCCGCUGGCCUCGAAGCGCUGCCACAGAGUGGAGCGGGUUGAGGGUGAGGAGUGAGAGGUUACGGGAGGAACACCAGCCCAGGCCUCGAGGAGAAGAUACAGCUCCGAUUCAGCGUCUCCAACCCCACGGACGGGAUACAGCAUCCGGAGAGAUGGCGUCCACCUGCCCCCCAGGCCCUACGGAGAGUCUGGAGCUCCUGGAUCUUCUCUUCGACCGACACGAUGGAAUUUUGCGCCAUGUCGACCUGGAGGGCUCCGACUGGACCCAUCUCGAAGACAGUCUCCUGCCAGGUCCAGAAUCCAACGACUUCUUCAACUCCAUCCUGGGCUCAGGUGACUCAAUGCCCAGCUCUCCUCUUUGGUCCCCGGCCGCUAGCGACAGCGGUAUCUCUGAGGACCCAUCCUCUGACCAGCAAGACAGCCCCCAGCACUCCCUACUCAUGGCCAGCCCUGGCAGCUACCGUGAGGGAGGGCCCAGCAAACCCCCUUACCCAUCCUAUUGCCACAGUCCCCCCACCGCUACUGGGCCCCAGGGGCCCAGAGCUGAGGUGCUGGAAACAUCCGUGUCAAUCGACCUGGCAGAAAUGUGGACCCCGGGUGUCUUCCAGGAGGACAGUCAGGAGCUGUCUGGCUCAUCCCCAUCCUGUACCCUCACAGUCAAAGACCUGUUGCUAUCCAGCAGCAGUGACCUGCACCAGCAGCACCAGCAGCACCAGCAGCAGGUACCCCCCUUCCUGUUAAGACCAGGCUCCGGGCACUGCCAGGAACUGGUGCUGACCGAGGAUGAGAAAAAGCUCCUGGUAAAGGAGGGUGUCACCCUGCCCGCUCAGCUGCCCCUCACUAAGUUUGAAGAGCGGGUGUUGAAGAAAAUCCGCCGGAAAAUUCGGAACAAACAAUCGGCCCAAGAGAGCCGGAAGAAGAAGAAGGAGUACAUCGAUGGGCUGGAGACUCGGAUGUCAGCCUGCACAGCCCAGAACCAGGAGCUGCAGAGGAAAGUCCUACACCUGGAGAAACAGAAUCUAUCCCUCCUGGAGCAGCUGCGGAAACUCCAAGCCCUCGUGGUACAGUCCACCAGCAAAGCAGCUCAGACAGGCACCUGUGUGGCGGUCCUGCUGCUGUCAUUUGCCCUUAUCGUCUUUCCCUCCAUCAGCCCUUUUGCUCAGAACAAAGCCGAAGCCCCAGGAGACUUUGUGCCAGUCAGAGUCUUCUCCAGGUCCCUGCACGCGGAUGCUGCCUCGCGGGUCUUCCAGGCCCUCGUCAAGGACGGGGAGGAGCCGGGCCCCAGGGAAGGCGACACACCACGGUGGAGGGAAUACUCCCAGGAGGAGCACAGCUCCAGUCUGCUGAGCAAGUUCCUGGGCAGUUCCCAGGAGCAGGAAUCUCACCCCGGCAACGGGACGCCCUCCCUCCCUCCCCAGGCCCAGCCCAAUCUGGAAGGAGUCAAACCAGGGGAGAGUUCGGGGCCGAACCAGGGGCUGCUGCUCUGGUCUGACCCAAACACCCCCAGCCCAAUGGUGCUGGAGCUGGGGGAGGAACUCUGAUCUCCCCCCUCCCCCCCCCACCACCACUCUCCAGCCCCCUCGCAGUGCUUCUUCCCCCUCAGAUGAGGCCGGACAAGAUUCCCUCCCUCGGGAGCUAGGGAGGGUGACAGAGGGAGAGUUGGGUGCCGGGGGGCGGAAAAAAAACCAAGGCUCACACGUACACCACAACCCCCAGAACAGGGCUGCUAACCCCCGGGGGGCUUGGGGGGGAAAGAGGAGCGGUUUCUUGUACCAGCCUGAGAACUCCCUCUCAGCCCACAGGGGAGGCAAGGGGAAGGAGAAAGGGCAACCAGCCCUCAAACUGAGGGUCUUGUCUAAGCGCUGGGGGCUGGAAAGGGGGCCGGAUGGUUCUAGGCUAAGGGCCGGGUCCCCCUGCGGGGUCCCUCAGGCAGGCAGCGAACGGAGCCCCUGCAGAAUUCUAGCCUGGGAGGGGAAAGAGAAGGAAACGGGGACUGGGGUGGGAGGCCCAUAGACAUUCAAACACCUCAACAUCCAACAUUUAUCUAGACGCAGAGGCAAACGUCACCUCACACGUAGGACGGGCAGAUGUGCCAAUCCGUGGCGACCCCCCAAUUGUACCUCCCGAGCGCCUAGUACAGUGCUCUGCACACGGUAAGCUCUCAAUAAACACGAUCGAAUGAAUGAAUGAACCCCCUCCCUCCCGCAACUGACUUAGCAACGCAUCCACGAGCGUGGAUGCGGUCACGCUCACAUACCCGCUCCUGCCAAACCUGACCAAAAACAUACCUAGCCACCCCCAUUCUCCAGGGAGUAGAGUGGAAGCUCCUUGCGGGCAGGGGACACGUCUCGGGCUUCUGUUGUACUUUUCCAAGUGCUUAGUGCAGUG